AUGCGUAAACGAUUGGGUUCGGUAACAAGUAGAAUUUUAGAUCUAGCUAGCAGCAGUAGCAGUACUGAUGAAUCGAAUGGUUCUUCAUCAGCAAGUGAUUCAUUUGAUGAAAAGGAAGUGGAACAAUUAAUUUCCGAUUAUUUUCAAAUUGAUAAUUAUGAUAUUGAAGAGUUGCAUGAACAUUUUGCCAAAGUUGACCCAGACUUGUUUGGGAAAAUUGUAAAAUAUUAUUGUGGAUGGAGAUUAUUGAAAAUGGAACCACUGGAGACUUUGUUUUCCUUUAUUUGUAGUUCGAAUAAUAAUGUUUCAAGAAUUACCAAAAUGGUUCAGGUAUUGUGUGAAGAGUAUGGAGAGUGUUUGGGAGAAUUUACUAUUGAUGAUGGUGUGACAACAUUUCCAAUGUACAAGUUUCCAACAUUGGAACAAUUAGAGGAAUGCACUGAAAAGGAGUUAAAGUAUGUUUUAAAUUUCAGAAAGCAUAAUUUUGGAUAUAGAGCCAAGUACAUUGUUCAAACUGUUGAGAAAUUAAAGGAGAAACCAGAAAAAUACCUCUACACUCUCAGAGAUAAAGAAAAGUAUCCAACCAGCUUGGACGUAUUGAAUGAGUUGAAACAAUUUUCUGGGAUGUCCACAUUCUUAGAAUUGCCAGAAAUUGCUAUCCAUCAAUGA